UCGGGAGCGUAUCCGUGUGAUGGUCAGGUGUCCACAAACUUUUGGCUGUACGGUGUGAACGAAGCUGGAAGUAAACUGCAUGCUGUUUAUCCAAAUGCAAAUUAAUCCGGAAACUUUUUAAACAAUUAUGUAAAGAGGUUAAUAGUGUGUGAGAGUGUGUGUGAGUGUGUGUGUGAGUGUGUGUGUGAGUGUGUAUUCUGUAUUUUUCCUCCUCAUCGACUUUUUCUGGGUAAAGCAUCGCUUUGCUCCACGUUUCAGUUCCUACACAGCUGCAAUGCUGUAAAACAAGUUUGUUGUUAUUUAGUUCACUUUACAAGCCUGUUCACUGUUCCCACACACACACACACACACACACACACACACACACACACACGGCAUAUGGAGGGCAAAACAAAGAAGCCUUCAGGCUGAAAAGCGAGUUUGGCUGCCGCCACGUUGAGCCGUUGAAAGAAGUAGCUGUUAAAUGAGUAAACAGGGCAGUGAGGGGGCAGGAAGACGAACCACAUCCCUCACACACACACUCACACACACACUCACACACUCACACACACAGCGCUAAAGCUAACAAAGCUCACAAACUGCUAACGCACAACAUAAAGAUUCACGCUAAACGGAGAGAGCAGGUUCUUCAGAUGCUUGUCUAACACGCUGAGAGGUCGAGCCGAGGAGGAAGUGGGGUUUUUUUUGUUUAAAUACGUGUUUUUUGUGGAUUUAUGGAACUUUUCUCCGAGCGGGAAAAACGGAAAUGCCCCAAACGCGCAAAGCCGAGAUUUUCCCGCCAAAAACCAUGCGGCGCCGUGGUGGAAGCACAGUCGAAUGCGCUAGCCUUUGCUCUCAUGCUGUCGUGUUUGAUCAUCUUGUUCGUGCUCAGUUUGCUGUCUUUGCCGAUCCCCGCGCCGGACACGCCCACCCAGCGACCCGAAAUGAAGAACUUGACUCUUCUCAUCUGGUGGCUUCCGUUCGGAAGCGGACUUCCUCUUCCCGACUGCGAGCUGAACUACGGCGCUCGAGGCUGCACCGUGACGUCAGACAGACGUGCCUACGCUCACGCUGACGCCGUCAUCAUGCACCACCGUGAGCUGAUUAUAAACUGGGAGGAGCUUCCAGAGAAGCCACGCCCCCCAGCUCAGAAGUGGAUCUGGAUGAACUUCGAGUCUCCGUCGCACUCUGGGUUUCUGCACCGGCUCGACGGGAUGUUUAAUCUCACCAUGUCGUACCGUGUGGGUUCUGAUAUUUUUCUACCCUACGGUUACCUUCAGCGGCGGCGUUUCCAUGGGAACAGACAGGUCCGUGUGGAGCGUCAUCGUGGAUUGGUAGCGUGGGUGAUCAGUAACUGGAGCGAGGAGCAGGAGAGGGUGCAGUUCUACUACCGACUGCAGCCUUACCUGCACGUGGACAUUUACGGACGUGAUUUUCGCCCGCUGCUAAACGACAGCGUGGUGGAAACGGUCUCGCGUUACAAGUUCUACCUCGCGUUUGAAAACUCGUGUCACACGGACUACAUUACGGAGAAACUCUGGCGCAACGCUCUGGUCUCCGGCGCCGUUCCUGUAGUGCUCGGGCCACCGCGAGUGAACUACGAGCGCUUCCUUCCUGCCGACGCCUUCAUCCACGCUGAGGAUUUUAAAGGGCCACGCGCACUCGCUGCCUACCUCAAACACCUGGACCGUAACCCCGCCCUCUAUCGUCGUUACCAGCGCUGGAGGCGGGACUACGACGUGCACGUGACCUCGUUCUGGGCGGAGCACUUCUGUGCCGCGUGCCAGGCGGUGCAAGCCAGCCUCCAUGUGAACAAAACCAUUAGACACCUGGCGUUCUGGUUUGAGUCUUGA